UGGAUAUGGGAACCCAGGAAGAAAAGGAAAGAAGGGCGAACCUGGAUUUCCCGGCUAUCCUGGUGCACAAGGGGAAGAUGGUGACCCCGGGCGCCGAGGAGAGAAGGGGGCGAGAGGAGUCAGAGGGAGACGGGGCGAUUCCGGCCUUCCUGGACUUGCCGGGACUCCAGGUGACAGAGGCCCACCAGGAAAAGCGGGUAUCAAGGGUCCCAAAGGUCUGCUAGAAAAGACGCCUUGCGAGAUCGUCGAGUUCACGCGAGUGCACUGCCCUUGCUCGACAGGUACCCCCAAGUGCCCAGCAUUCCCAACCGAAGUGGCCUUUGCCUUGGACAUGUCGAGCGAAGUCUCCCCGUCGGACUUCGAGAGGAUGCGAGGCAUCGUGCUGUCCCUGCUGGCGAGGCUGGAGAUAAGUGACAGUGACUGCCCGACGGGCGCCCGCGUGGCCCUCGUUUCCUACAACGCCAAAACGGACUACCUGGUCCGCUUCUCCGACUACCGAGGGCAGGCCGCGCUGCUGGAGGUGGUCAGGAAGAUCCCCCUGGAGCGGUCUUCCAGCCACAGGUACCUCGGAGCCACCAUGAGGUUCGUGGCGAGGCACGUGUUCAAACGAGUGCGCUCAGGCCUCCUCGUGAGGAAGGUGGCUGUGUUCUUCCAGGCGGGCCGGGCCCGCGAUGCAGCGUCCGUCAGCACUGCCACCCUGGAGCUGGGGGCUUUGGGCAUCACCCCAGUGGUCAUCAGCUUCACGGAGCAGCACGACCUCCCAGAGGCCCUGCAGGUGGGCGGAGCCGGCGGGCCCCAGCUGUUCGUCUGGGAGAUGCAGUCCCAGCAGGACCUGGUGCGGAUGGCUCUCUGCACGCUCUGCUACGACCCGUGCCGCCCGGCCCCGGAGUGUGGGCCAGCCUUCCCCGGGCCGCAGGUGGCGGACGUGGACGUGGCCUUCGUGGUGGACAGCUCCCAGCACGUGGGCGCCGACGUGUACCGCGGGGCGCUGAGGCUGGUGGACGCAGUGCUCGACGACCUGGAGGUGGCCGCGCGGCCCAACGCAAGCCUCCCCCCGCUGCGGGGAGCCCCGGCCCUAGGCCAUGCGCUCGAGUGGACGCUGCAGAGGGUGCUCCUGGCCGCGCCACUGCCGCGGGGCGCGCGGGUCCUCUUCGCCAUCGUGGCCAGCGAGACCAGCGCCUGGGACCGGGAGAAGCUGCUGGCGCUGUCUCUGGAGGCCAAGUGCCAGGGCGUCGCCCUGUUCGUGCUGGCCCUGGGCGCGGGCCUGGGCGCCGCGGAGCUGGAGGACCUGGCCCUCGUGGCCAGCGCCCCCUCCGAGCAGCACCUGCUGCACCUGCGCGGCGUGUCCGACCCUGCGCUGGCCUAUGCCCGCGGAUUCGUGCGCGCCUUCCUGAGCCUGCUGCAGAGUGGAACAAACCAGUACCCACCGCCAGAGCUUGUUAAGGAAUGUGGGGGUCCGAGCCGUGGGGACACGGUGUUGCGGUCAGCCUUGCCCAUGGACAGGUGGCCCCGGGGCCAGCUGGACACACCUGGCCUUGUCAGGCACCAGGAAGCCCUUGAAGCAGCAGACUCUCUUCCAGAAGAGAGAAGUUACGUGAUGGCAUCUGUGGCGCAGCAGGAAGCACCUAGAAAUUACAGAAGGCACACAGGUGACACCGAAGGACAGGGACAAGAAAGACCAGCCAAGCAGAAAGAAAUUGGAGGAGAAGCAACUACCGGCAGUUACGGUCCUUGUUCCCUGGCGCCCAUGGAAGGCGAGUGUCAGUACUACGUCCUUAGGUGGUACUACAACAGGGAGGAGCAGGCUUGCCAGCUCUUCUGGUACAGCAGCUGCGGGGGCAACGGCAACCGGUUCGAAACCAAAGGAGAGUGUGAGGCUCGGUGUGCCCCGGCGGCCCUGUAGAGCCGGGCAGAGCCUGCAUGCCGUGACCCUCUUAACAGCGGCUGAAACUGAGCGUGUCUUACUGAGGCAGAGCCACACAGCCACAGAGGACAAAGCCACAGCCCGACCCUGGACACUGGGCUCUGGACCCGAGCUUUUCCCCACCGACAAGGGCUUGGGCCACCCAGACGACCUGUGGCCUGGAAAGAGCUGAAUUCUAGUAGCUAGAAAGGCAACAGACACUUCCUGAGAGUUAUGUAAAGGAAUUAGAACUGAAUGAAAAACUUGAACUUGACCUAUAAUAUUACUUUAAAAUUGUGGGGGUGGGGCUCUGUAGCAAAAGAAAAACCGUAAGCAGUGAAAAAGCCUCGUGUAGGAAUGAAUGCGGACUUUCCUCUCCACCGAAACACAGGGAAAUGUUCGCCAAAGAGCGGGCCCAGGAUACGGGAGGUCUGGUGUGACGUGAGCCCUCGCUGCAUAGCCUAGAUAAGUACAUAAAGGCAUCCUGCGCUUAC